AUGUUGCCGAGUGUCAGCUUGUCUGCUUUCUUUGUCGUGCCGUUCCUCACUCUCAUCUCGAUUCCGUUGAUCCUGUCGGCAUAUGUCACCGUCUGCUUCUCCUUUCUGGCAUUAUUUCUGAGAGUCUCCAUUGUUUACCUCGAACUGUGCUUUGCUCUCGCCACCAACUACUUCGUCAUCGCAACCUCGCCGACUUCGUCGUUCCUGACUUUUACUGCAUCGGAACCCGCUUCGCCCACCUCCACAACGUCCAGGAGUCGACCGGCGGCAGAUCAUCUAUCAGCCCUUCCACGAUCACCAUCAUCGCCGACUCGUGGUAGAAGCCUUCCAGCUCUGAAACGAAGCUAUAGUGCCGUGGCAACAGAUGGCUCCCAGGGUGCUACGGGUCGGUCUCAUCGAAAGAAUCUAGGCCGAAAUGGGAUGCGGUUCGCCUCGUCGACGACGCUCCACGGUCUCGUCAGCGGAGAUGAGAGACGCGACUUUGAAGGUCUGGGAGGGUGGAGAAUCCCAGCUACAUCGACGCAUCGCGGCUUGACUCCCUCGAGCUCUGUCUCGUCGUUGUCGGCUGGGGGGGACGAUGAAGAUGAAACAGCAUGGCUAUCUAUCAACAACCGUCUGGAACUACCUCUUCGCAGACAAUCACUGGGCACAUCAGCUCCAGUUCUAGGUAGACCAUCAUCUUCACCACCGCCACCCGUGACAGCAGCAUCACCUCACCGACAUCAUCGACGCUCCGUCACUACGUCUAUGAUCAAUAAUGCUAGGCCGCAAGCCGACGGAGCAGGUCUCUCCUUUGACCGUCUACGACCAGAACGGACGAGCCUCCAUGCUUCUUCUGACAUGUACUCUCCAAACAUGGUUUUCACAAACUCACCCUUUCAAACGGUUGAACGGCAGAUGCCCCAUUUCCAACCCGGCGGAGGAGAAAGCUACUUCGCCCUCCCUCGACCCAACGCCGAUAUAAGCGGCACCACCACGCCGCAAACAACCUACCAGAUCGAGGACGGACGUAACUCAAGCCCAAGCAGUAAUAUUGGGAGACCGCUAGUGUAUUACCCGCCCAGUCCACGGAAUCGUAGGAGUCUCUCGCGCUCGCAUUCAGGAACGGCAGACCGUUGGUAG